AUGAUGUUAUGCCUUUUGUCUGCGCUGGCGCACCUUCACCGACUUGGUGUUGUGCAUCGGGACGUCAAGGCAGAGAACAUCCUGCUGGACAGGAGCAAGGCAGUGCUCUCCGAUUUGGGCAUCGCCGCGUUCUUGAAGGACGAGCAGGCCAUGCAGAAGCGCGUGGGCUCCCCGGGCUAUGCGCCGCCGGAGGUGGUCACUGACCUGCCCUAUGACGAGAAGGUGGACUUGUUCGGCGCAGGGGCGGUACUGUACUUUGCGCUGAGCAAUACCUUGCCUUUUCCGGGCAAGACGCUGAAGAAGGUGCUAGAGGCCACUGCGCGUUGCAAGGUGCGCUUCGACGCGGGGCUCUUCGGGGACUUCUCCGGCAGCAUCAUGCAGCUGCUGAAGACGCUGCUGCAGAAGGACCCCACGAGGCCUUCAUAG